AUGUCGAAGUGUAGGAGGAUGAGUUCUGCGUCAGCGGAGAAGAAAGAUGAGAAUUUGACGGUGACCAAAGAUCAAAACGACGGUGGAUCGGUGGCGGUUCCAAGUUAUUGGGGAAUAGAGACGGCGAAAAUGAAGAUUACUCGAAGAGAUGGAUCGGACUGGCCUUGGAACUGUUUUAUGCCAUGGGAGACAUAUCAAGCAGACUUGUCUAUAGAUUUGAAGAAGCACCACAUUCCGAAGAAUAUCGCCGACAAAAUCGCUUACGGGACAGUCAAGCUCCUCCGUAUCCCCACCGAUAUAUUCUUUCAGGCAUAA